AUGCUAGUGAAGCAUAUUAUUGCUCAAUGUACUAUGGCCCAUAGAAUCGAUCAGAUUUCAAUAACAGCACUAGAUGCUAUUGGAUGGAUCAGCAAGGCAUGGAAUACAGUUACAAGUACAACGAUCAGUAAUGCCUUUAGGCAAGCUGGCUUUUCUAGUAUUUCAUCUAAAAAUCACAAUGUAAGUAACGAUAUUAUGUUAAUAGAUGAUAAUGAAGACCAAAAUCCUAUAAAACAACUUGAUGAUCGUCUUGUUCAUUUACAGAUUGGAGGUAAUCGAAUGUCGGCUUCAGAACUUGUUAAUAUCGACUCAAAUAUUCCUGUUUUUAAUGAAUGGAAUGACAACAGCGAUCUUCUUAUUGAAAUUACUAAUCAUGACACUGCUGAAAAUAGUGAAGACAUAGAAGAAGAAGAAGAAGAAGAAUCAAAUGAAAUGGCACCGCAACUUCCAGAAGCACUUGAUAUUCUAAGAAGACUACAUCUAUUUGCAUCGAAAGAACAGCCUGAACUACACGUGCUUAUUAGUGACCUCGAAUAA